AUGGGAGAGUUGUUUGAUGUCACCUCGCGCGACCAGAUUGCUGCCACCAUCAAUCAGAUCGCAGAGGAAUUUGGCAACGGCAGACUCGACGUUGUUGUGGCGAAUGCGGGUGUCUGCACCAACUCGUCUUGUCUCGAGUAUACCGAAGAGACAUGGGCUCGGGACAACCGAGUCAACUACGAUGGUGUCAUGUGGACGGCGCAGGCUGCUGGAAAGAUAUUUAAGAGACAGGGCAAAGGCAAUCUGGUCAUCACGGCUUCCGUGAGCUCCAUUCUGGUCAACAUCCCUCAGACGCAGGUUGCGUACAAUGCCUCUAAGGCUGCGGCCGUGCACCUUGCAAGGAGCUUAGCUGUCGAGUGGACAGACUUUGCCCGUGUGAACUGCAUCUCUCCCGGCUUUAUGAUGACAAAGAUGUUGACCCAGCAGCCAAAGGAACUUUUCGACAAAUGGUUGGGAAUGAUCCCGGGAGGCCGAAUCUGCGAUCCCGCCGAGCUGAAGGGGGCCUAUGUAUUCCUUGCAAGUGACGUUUUCUCCUACAUGACAGGAUCCAACAUCGUCAUUGACGGAGGCUACACCCUGCCUUAG